AUGCGUUACUCCGCCAUCACCCUUGCUGCCCUUACGGCGACAUCUUCUUCGGCCUUCUCCCUAUGGCCUCGCCAAAGCUCUAGCUGUCCUUCCGUCUGGACUGCCGUCGCCACCGAGCUUCAAGCCGACUUUGCUGGCUGUGGCGCGGAUGCUCACCAAGCCCUCCGUGCCCCCUUCCACGACUGCAUCAACAAUGGCUGUGACGGCAGUCUCGUUCUCACAGACGAGUGUGGAAGAUCAGAGAACGCCGGUCUCUCCGCUAUCUGCACAAAGCUCAAGGACUGGAGCGACAAGUACCAAGUCAGCGCAGCAGACAUGAUCCAAUUCGCCGGCGCACAAGCAAUCGCUGCGUGCCCGCUCGGCCCCAGAGUGCAAGCGCUGGUUGGCCGCAAGGACAGCUCAAACGCCGCGCCUGUCGGAAGUGUACCCAGCAGCCGUGGCACCCUCGAGAGCAUCUUGGGAGCCUUCGCUGCGAAGGGCUUCUCAUCCGAUGAUGUCGUUGCCCUCAUGGGUGCGCAUAGUGUGGCAGUCCAGUUCCACGACGACCCAUCGCAAGCCGGAAAGGGUCUUGACUCGACACCUUUCAGAUACGACAACACCUUCUACCAAGAGACCAAGGACCGCAAGGCACCAUACAGUCUCCAAAGCGAUCUUCUCAUGUCAAACUCUUCAGAGACAGCCACCACAUGGUCUAAUUUUGCCGAAGACGCGAACAGCUGGUCCACCGCUUUCACUAGUGCAUGGGAUCGGUUCGCUGUCAUCGGAAGCGACGCCAGCAAGCUCCAGGAUUGCUCAAGCUUGGUUCCCAAUGGUUUUGUGACCACCAAGAGGCAGGCGUUCAACAUGGCGUUCACCAAGAAGAUGAGCGCAAAGUUCAGGUUGUAG